AUGACAAUACCAAACUAUCUAUACAUAACAGUUUUUCGUUUACCAAAUUACGCAAAUUCAUCAAAAGAUGUAUUAGAUGAAACUUCACAUUCAAGUAUUCUACUCUUUUUACUCUCAUGUUUAUCAUCAAUAACAUGUCACCCAUAUCGUAAACAAAAAGAUUUAAUAUCAACAUCAUUAUCUAUUCCAUUAGCAACAAUAACAACAAUAAAUAAUACAACAAUAGUUGAUGAUAAUGAGGAUGAAUAUUAUGAAGAUGAUAUUGAACAAAUAGAAUCAACAACAACAGUACAACAAUUAAAUACAAUUAAUAAGAAUAAGAAUAUUACAAAUUCUAAUUUUUUCGUGAUAAAGAUACAAGUUUUGGUACAGGGAGAAUACGUUAUUUAUUUAUUUGACAGAUUUUAUUUAAUAUUUUCAAAUAAACUAUCUGAAGAAUUAUUUGAUGAUGAUUUAAUUGAAAUAAUAAAUACAUCAUGUUGUAUACUAGUAAUUGAAUUAUAUUCACGUAAUGAUUCUAUAUUAGAUAUGAAUAAAAAACAACAUAAAGAAAAACGAAAAGGAAUCACAACUUCCUUUGGUCAAUGUCCAUUAACAUUUGAUGGUGCAUAUGGUCUUACUAAAGCAAAAUAUUCUAUUGAAUUUUGUCAACAUAGAAAAAAACCAUCGAAUCGGAUUAUAUCGCCAUUUCAUGGAAAAGCAUAG